GUCUCAAGUUCAUUCGAAUUACAAAUUUCCAUUACCAUCUGGGCUUCUCAUCAGAAAUCUUCAGGGCUCCAAAAAGGGUGAUAAAGGUAAUGGCAUUCUUGUGCUCAGAAACUAUCUACGGCGCUUUGGUUACUUGAGCUCUGUCACCAUGGAGCAAACAUCUGUUGAGAAUGACAAUUUUUAUGAUGAAUUGGAGUCUGCCCUCAAGACUUAUUAACCGUUUAACAAUCUUAAGCCAACUGGGAUUUUAGACAAAGAAACAGUAUUGCAUGACGAAGCCUCGAUGUGGAGUACCGGAUAUUAACAACGGUACGGCCCCCUUCCAUUUUCACUAUGUAAUUUUCCCAGAGAAUCCCAAGUGGACCAAGACCCAUCCCACAUAUGCAUUCCCUCCAGGCACUCGAAGGGAUGGCAUAAUCGCCGUGAACAGCUCUUUUCAGAAAUGGGCUGAAAAAACGCGCUUCACAUUCACCCUAACAGAGGACUACUCGAAAGCCGAUCUUAAAAUCAGUUUUCAAAGGCUGGACCAUGGAGAUUCCGGGUCCCGGCGGGGUGUUAGCUCAUGCCACUCCACCGACGGAAGGAAUAUAUUCCACUACGACGGAGAUGAAAACUGGUCUCUAGCGGCAGCUCCAGAGACAAUUCACUUGGAGACCGUUGGUUUGCACGAGAUCGGGCAUGUGCUGGGAUUGGGGCAUAGUCCGGUCAAGGAGGCCAUCAUGUUCGCAUACGGUGGUUCUAAUGAGCUCAAAGACUUGCACCAGGAUGACGUUGACGCCCAACCGGCAACCAGAGUUCAUCACAACUUUUUCCAAAUGUUCACUUCUUUAAUGCUCAUCUCAACUUCUAUCAAUCAUUUGCACGCAGUAGCAAAUAAGAUUAGAUUACCGAGGCAGGGAAGGAUAAACCUCCAGCCCAUCCACCCUCCACUUCAGAAAAGGAGAUGAAGAUGAUGAGAUUUAAUUAAAAACAAAGAGGAAAAGGUAAAUUUGAGUUUGUAAGGAGGAUAUUUGCUUCCUACAGAGGGAAUUUUACAACUUAAUAACUGAACUGGAAACUUGAAUUCUUCAAGUGAAUGAUUGGUGCUGCCUAUAGCUUGGGCCACUGUUGCGAAGAGUUCUUUGAAGGCUCUUACACGCCACCCUCUGUUCUUGAGAAUGUAAAGCUUAGGGUAAGCUGCCUCGUGCAGUUUGUGAGGGGAUAAAGAUGUGGGAAGAUUGUGAUCGGUAACUUUUACAGAAGAUGCUCCUCUUGGUUAUGGCAGAAUCUUGAGCAUGGCCAACAAGGUUUGGGAGGGAAGAAGCCCUGUUUCAGUCACCAGCUUAGAUGAUAACUCUUUCUUGCUCAAAAUCCCUGAUCCAGCCACUCGGUCUUGGGUUCUAAAUUCUGGACCAAGGCAUGUUGUCCACAAGACAAUCGUCAUGCGUAAAUAGGAGCCUGAUUACAUGCUAAGAAGCUUUGCAGCCAUAAACUUGACAUCCAGAUUGAUACGGCUAAACACACAAAUCAUCAACUUCAACAAGGAAGAUGACAACGUAGAAAAAGAUGAAAUGGUUAAAAAGGGCACAGAAAGCUACAUACAGAAACCACUGCUUCUGGAAAAACCAUGAAGAGAGUACACAGAAUAACAGCUUGAAUCAUGCAAACAUAAACUCCAACACCAUAAAGACUAGUCACUGCAUACUGCAAUCAGAUUUCAAUGAUGUAGCUCUCCAAGAGAAAUGAAGGACAUGACCAUUC